CAACGGCGUGUGAUGUCACGGCGCGCUGACGUCACGCCGGUGUCAUGGCGCCCCGGCGUCCCGCCGAGCUGUACCGGGCGCCGUUCCCGCUCUACACCGUCCGCCUGCACCCGCGGCGGCCGCUCGCCAUCACCGCCGGCGGCGGAGGCGCCGCCAAGACCGGCAUCCGCAAUGGCGUGCACUUCCUGCAGCUGGAGCAGAUCGGGGGCCGGCUCAGCGCCUCGCUGCUGCACUGCCACGACACCGAGACCCGCGCCACCAUGACCAUGGCGCUGGCCGGGGACGUCAUCGCCGCCGGGCAGGACAACAGCUGCCACAUCCUGCGCUUCAGCCUGCAGGAGCCCGAGGGCGCCGGCACCGCCGGGAAGGACGGCAGCGGGGACAGGGGCGCGCGGCGGCGGCGCGGGGCCGGCGGCGGGGCCCCGGGCGUCGCGCCGGGCCGGGCCCGCGAGGUGCGCGUGGAGAGCCUGCAGCGCGUGCGCACCGACUUCAGCCCCGACGCCCUGCAGAAGGCCGUGCGCUUCAGCGCCGACGGAGCCCUGCUCGCCACCGGCGGGGCCGACGGCUUCCUGCGCCUCUGGGAGUUCCCCAGCAUGAAGAAGACGUUGGAGUUCAGAGCCCACGACGGGGAAAUCGAGGACAUCGCGCUGGGCCCUGACAACAAGCAGGUGGUGACGGCGGGGAGGGACUUCCAGUGCUGCGUGUGGCAGCAGGACCAGCUGGUGACAGGGCUGCGCUGGCACGAGAACCUGCCUGGCAUCCCCGACAAGGCCUAUCGCUACCAGGCCUGCCGGUUUGGGGCCGUGGAGGGCAGCGCCGGGGCUCUGCGGCUCUACACAGUGCAGGUGCCCCACAAGCGCGAGCGCCGCCCCCCGCCCUGCUACCUGACCAAGUGGGAUGGGAAGAGCUUCCUGCCGCUGCUGACGCGGCCCUGCGGCUCCGAGGUGGUCUCCUGCCUCUCCAUCAGUGAUUCGGGCACCUUCCUGGGGCUGGGCACAGUCACCGGCUCCGUGGCCAUCCACAUUGCCUUCUCACUGCAGCGACUGUACUACGUGAAGGAGGCCCACGGCAUCGUGGUGACGGACGUGGCCUUCGUCCCCGAGAGCCGGCCCGGGCGGGAGCUGCUGGGGGGCCACGAGGCCGCCCUGCUCAGCGUGGCCGUGGACAGCCGCUGCAAAGUGCACCUGCUGCCCACCCGCCGCUCCCUCCCUGUCUGGCUGCUGCUGCUGCUCUGUGCCGGCCUCAUCGUGGCCACCAUCUUGCUGCUGCAGCUCGCCUUCCCAGGCUUCCUGUAGCCCCCUGGCCCCCGGAGGGACCCCCUGGCACCAGGAGCGAACCUCCCAGCCUCUACCUACCCCACACAGACUGUGAAGGACACGAGGGACCAGCCCUGGCCCCGCUGUCCCCGCUGGCGCUCGGGGAGCAGAUGCGGGUCCAGGGAGGCACGCAGGGCGCCGUCCCUGUGGGACUGUGCUGGCAGCAGUGCAGGGCUGGCCCCGGGACAGGGGCGUCUCCUACCCCGGGAGAAGGGGGUCCUGCCGGCUCCCCGCCCUGCUGCUGCCAUUAAACUGGAGCAUGAAGGCA